CGCACAGAGCGUAAUAAAUGUAUAAAUAGGGCUAAGUGGUCCCCAAAACUGAUCAGAGAUUAUUUUCGGCAUUGCGUCGACCACUUGUAUAUUCAAAUCCAAGCGGCUGUUCUUGAAGACUUUUGAAAAAGGACAUAACAUGCAGUUCAAAUCCCUCGCGCUACUGAUUUUUGCAGCAGGUUCGGUGAUGGGUCAAUUAGGAAUAUCACAACUUCACCAUCAACACCUAUUCGAUGCUAGUCCUCCUAGCUCGAUGGCUAAAUAUGCUCACCAACUCGUCCGACUGAACUUCCCGAAACAGCUGGGCAUUGAAUUGCCCAGCAUCGAAUUGGACCUUGUCAAGCUUGCCCGUUCGCAGUCCACAAAAAAGACCGUAGCAGCCAAAGUUCUAGGUCACUUUAAAGGAAAGCACGAUUUCAACGACCCGAAUAGAAUGGCCAAAGUCCUCGAAAAUGAGACAGACAAAACUGGUAAGGACAAGACCCUCGGCUUCCAGACAUCCGCAGGUUUGAACCCGUUCCGGAUCAGAGAACAUUCUCCAGCACAAAAGAAAAUCAAAUUUAGGGAAUACUCUAGCGUUGAUGAGAACGAAGAAACUGUCCCUGUGAUGAUGGAGAAGAACGAACGUGGUCCUCAGCCUCAAUUUCCCGGUGAGUCCCAGCAGCAGCAGGCCAGGGCCGCAGUUCCAGCAACCGCAGGCGCCGAGGGUGAUCCCUCAAGAAGCGCUAAUUACCCAAUUUUUUAUCUUGUCGCAGCAUCGUUUUGCUUCUUCUUCUCUGGCUAACAAUACAGAAUCUUGGCAGUCCGUAAA